GAAGCUAUUCCAGUGGAGCCCGUGCUCAUGGGAGGCGGUGGCGGUUCUUGUGGGCAGCAAGGCUCUGCGUGGAAGGCAGGGCCCGGGCUGGUAGGGCGUGUUAGGAGGGACCGUGGGGGAGCUGGGGAGAGACCCAGAGCUGUUCUCAUAACCUGGCGGGGUUGUGUUAGGCUGCUACUUGCGGCAAGAGUGCAGUGUCCCAAGUUAGGGGGUUGUUUCAAGAGCUCUUUUCAUUUUCACUUUAGAAAUUACUAGUUUUAGAAGAAAAUUUUUGGGUUACGGGCUUACCCUGGAUUGGACUUAGACCUGAGAGAAUUCAUCUUGUGGCUUUAUUUAGCCGUCCUUUAGCUUUAAAAGGAGAACUGUUUACAUCCUAAAAAUCUGCUGUUAGAAUCUUGUGAGUUAUAUUGCCAUCGUAAAUGGAAAAAGCCUGCAUGCUUCAUAAUUGCAAUGACCUUUUUCCCCCAUCUUCCUUCUAUGCACUAACAUUGCCCUGUAGCUCUCGUGGUGUGACUUCAGUGGAAGAGAAUCUCACAGUAUGAAGGGAGUCAGGUUGAAAAGAGAUGUAUCAAUAAACAAGGAGGAAAAGUUCUGGCCAAAGCGGGGGGAAAAGCUUCUUUAUUUAGAAUAUUGUAUGUGUAUAGAAGUCUCUGGCUUGCUGGAAGAUUUAUCUGUGUAAGGUUUUAAUUCUAACAAGGGAAAGUAGUUGGGCUAAGAUAAGUGUUCUGGGUUUAUUUUGUCUCAUAAGAAACUUAUCUGUGUUGAAGCUGAAGCAGUGCUUUUUGCCUUUGUUUAGGUGAUCUUUGUUGUUUCACAAUACAGGUAUUUUCCCAAUCUCCCAGAAAUACGAGUGUUCUUUCUAGCAGCUAUUGUAUUAUACAUAUUGUUCUCUUUGAACUCGCUGGUAGACAUCGCUCGUCUCGUGACUGGUCUGACUUUGUUGAUUCUCGCAUCUGGUAGAUGUUUCAAUUCUUGAAGAUACCUACUCCUGUUCUGCAAAUUAUGAGUAGGUAUCUUAGCGUGUAAAUGACUGGAAUACAUUCAUGCCUCCUGGUGCUGAUCUUCUGACUUCAGUUGGCUCAGGAAACAUUUGGGUUGAACUAGGCACACUGAAACUUUGUGUCUGUGUGUUUUGGACAGGGUUAAAUAGGUUUCUCCUGCAAAGAAGGCAGGGAGUGUGCAGCGAUGUGUGUGCCUUUGUGCAUCCAAAAGCCGUUCAGGUUUCUGCGCGCUAUUUUAAAUAAUGCAAAAUGGCAGUGGCGUGUGGAGGAGGCAGGAGGAGGGAAGAAGAACCUGGCGUUAGAUUUGGCGUCGCAGCGGUUCUCCUGCCUAACUGAGGGAGGAUUGAGUCUCUUCUACGGCAUUUUUGGCAGCUGCCGGUCUCGGGAAGAAACCUCUGCCCGGCAGGAGCAGCGCACGAGCCCCGUGCCAGGCAGGAGUGAUGUCGGCCACACAAGCGGGAGGUUGCUGAGCGCAGUGGUGGCCGCGGCCCCACGCGGUGAGAGCCGGGCCUCGCUGGGGCAGCCACGCCAGGAGCACGACGCCCUUGAGUGGCAGCAGCUGAGGCAGGGAGCUGUGGCCAGCUGGAGUCUCGAAAGAGGUGCUUGCGAAGCAGCUGGCAGGAGAAAUGGGGAGAAAGCGGAGAAAAAGAUGGACCGCAAAAGGGGAUGGUUGGAGGAAAUCUUAAUGAGUUUAACUGCAAUGGAAAAAUGGCACUGCGAGAAGGGAAGGGAUUGGCUCGGUGGCUGUAAGAUACCAAGAAAUGAUGAUUCAUAGGAAAAAGUCUGCCUUUGAGAGGAUUGAAUAGCACAGUAAUAUUCAUGCAACCUCCCUUAAACGACACUCUUUAAUUUAAUUGUAAAGUAAAAUGGAUUUAUUUGUUGACGCAAAAUGGAAGUAGUACCAGAUUCUGUUACACUCAGCAGCACAGUGUCUGGAACUGUUUUCCAGCAUCAGUUUUGUUGUCUUUUCUAAAGAUUUUACACUAAUGGGAAAGAACCAUUUGGGAAAUACUUGGGGAUGGAACUGAUGGAUGUGUUUGUUGCUGACAGGGGCUGGGGAUGACAGCCAAACAGAACUCCUCAAGUGUCCUGCAUGUGAACAGAAGUCAUAAAUGUGGGUGAUUCUGGUAAAAACCAUCCAGACCCGUAACAUGUACAGCACGCCCUUUUGUCUGCACAAAAAAUAUCUGGGAAUGAACGCUUCUGGAAGGGAGUGCUGAUACCAUGACAACUGAUACUGGCGGGCUGUGGCUUUGUACUCGGUGAUCCCGCGUCCCAGCACCUAACCCGCCCUGAAGCGGGAGAGGCUGGGAGCAGUGCAGUAUUUUGGCUGUUACCGCUCAGCUUGGAGGUGGCUGGAGCCAGCCUUUUCCUUGUGUUAAGCUCGUAAUUCCUUGGUGAUGGUCUCAGUCAAAGUCCACAAAAGAGCUGUCUGACCCACGCAGAGGACUCGGACUUUAAAGGAAGGUCACUGGUAUCGUAUCUUGUCAUAAAUAUAAAGCAGAUACGGCUAGCUUUCGUAAAGCUAACCUCUGGCAGCUAUUUCAUCAGGGACCGGCUAACUGGAAGAACCAUCUUGCAUCAUUCAGAUGUCAGGCUUGGUCUAAGGUAUUGGCACGUAGCAGGGGCGUCACCCUCUGUCCCUUUACCCUCACGUCAGCUAGUUUUGGUGGACUGUUUUUUUCACAGUGGUUUUUGUGGUGGUUUGUCUGAAAAAUCCCUGAAGUCCUCUUUGAGAGGAGCACCGAGCGCCCGGACACCCAGUGCUCGAUGCAGGUGUGGCCACCUGCAGUAGGACCGCUUGCUGUUUUCUCUUCCUGUUUCUGGUCCCCUGCCUCUGGCUGUCCCCGUGUUUCUCGUACCGGGGAUUAAAGAGGACAGGGUGUUUGCCAAAGGUGGGGGACAAACAAAGCCUGGGGCAGGGACGGGGACAUCGGGCAUGGGGUGGGCACCCAGUUUGGGUCAGGAAAAUGGCAGUGAAGAAGGGUCAGAGCUGAUGCCGGGAAGAUGGCCCUGUUGGAAGGGAUGGGGCAAAGCCCGAGAAAAGCCACAGUGGGGUGAGAGGCCAGGAGCUACCGAAAUGGGGCCGUUGCUGCUCGUCCCGGGGUUCGAGGCUCUCCAGGGGUGCUGGAGGCGGUGCGGGCUGCCUGACCUCCCUGCCCCUCCCUUCUCAGCUCAAGCCCGACGCUGGCUGUUUCCAUUGCACAGCAGAAAGUAAGUUUGCUCUUAUCUCUGCUCAGGUGAUAGAGGGGAACAUAAACCUGCGUCGGAGCAGCUAGAAGGAAAGCCGAGGAGAACAACUCGGAGAGCAGGCGGGGUGUGAGAGGGAGGACGGCAGGUGUUAUGGUUGGCCUGCUGUUGUAUGUGCUUGUGUUUUCAGAAUUAAUGCCUUAGCGCUUGCUACAGCCUACUGGGAUGUAGGUGCCUGGUCAUGCAGGGACCCUUGGAAUCUCUGGAGAAGCUCUCGUUUGUAAAUACGUGGCUCUGCUUGCAAGUAGAGCUGGUUAAGUAGCACUGAGGAAACCGUGAAGUUCUACGCCUGCUCUUAUAAAUGGCGUCAUGAAAUUAAAAUGUUGACUUGAUGGCUCUGGUUGUGAUGGAGCUGUGGCUAAACAUGAGAACAAACAGUACGUAGCGGAAAAAGUAUUGAGAGACAUUUAGAAGUUCUUGGAAGAGAUUUUAAACCUUUUAUUUCUCUCUGCAGCCUCGUGCUGCUCGUCCAGCGGAGACAAUAGCGGCAUGUGGGUGGAGGACCGCACGGCAUCAGGUGUCAAAGCAAAAAAACUGCCUAAAACAGCGCACAUGCCCUUCCAGCUCCAACCCAAAGAUGAGCAGGGUGGGACUGGAACUGAUUCAGUUAUCAGAAGAUGUUUUAAGUGUAAAAUAAUACUAUUUGCAACAAUUAGGGAGAAUAGCUUCGCUCGGUUCCCGCUGUCUGUCUCUCUUCUUUCAUAGCAGGCUUAGAGUGGCCUUGCAGCUUUGGAAGGGAAGACCGUCUGUUUUUUCCCCGUCAGUUCAGAUCACCGUGAUGUAAUUCUCUCUAACUCACCAAGAGCCUUUUGCUUGGCCUGGUGGAGAUUAGGAAUUAGUGCUUGGCUGUGGAUGUGCUGAGCCCCUGUUGCAUGCGCUAUGAAUAGGACAAAGGGAGGUUAUGCUUAAAUAGCUAGGCUCUUGUCACAGCUUUCAGAAAGCAGCAGUUAAAAUCAGGUAUUUACUUCAUUGUUUUUUCAUAGGGAUUGCUGCCAAACGGAAGAUGUUUUGGGUUCCUUCCCUCUCCAGACAAAUCGCUAGCCUCCCGGCAAGUUUGCUUGAUUUUUAUUAGUUCUUCCAAGGUUUGCGCCCGUCACGGUAACGCUGGCUUUUGUGGGUCGUGUUUUCAAACUGUUUAUUGUAACCUGAUGGUAGAAAUAAAGAGGAAAAUCUACAAAGUGUCGUGCAAAGCCAUGUGACUUGGGGAGCUGGAACUCAGAAAAAAAAAAAAAAACAGCACGUCGAAAGUUUAUAAAAAUGGAGCUCCAGCAUUCCCUGAAGUCUCCGUUGUCCAACAGACAUCAGUAACUGAGGAAUCUUUAAAAUCUCUCAAGGGGCCAGGAAUAACCCUGCUUACGUUUUUCUGUAUAAUACCUAGAAUCAAAGGAGCUAAGCAAGGUAUAAAGAAUCGCGUCUCAUUUAGUUUGCCAUUGUUCUUAUUUUUUUUCAUUUGCUCUAUCUCCUUACCUAGCAGAGUCUCUGUGAAAGGAAGUGGUCGUCACCUUUAGAAACCGCUGCAGGCAGCUCCUCAGAUUCUGGCCUGCAGAACAGCCACUCACGAGUGCCUGUGGGAGCAUAUCAGGGAAACCACUGGCACCUUGAAGCGAAGGGACGCUGUCAACUUCACAUUGUCUAAUUAGGUGAUGAGUAAUGCAAAAAAGGGGGGGGGGGGGGGCAGUUCAGGCCUUGCAAGUCCCUUGCUUUUCCGAGCUAUGUGAUACGUAGCGCAUGAGAGCUUCUGGCAACGUCUCUUUAAAAAAAAAAAAUAAAAUGCCACGUGUUCAUUUUAUAUUACAAUUGUCAAGAGAGGGAGCGAGGGACUCUGAGAAGGUAAACAAACGAAGACCAACCCGGUAGCCAAAGGAGGGUGAAGUGAAAGUUUCCUUUUGAAGAACAGAAAGAGAAUAGUGCGUGCUUUGUUCUGCAGCAUCUCUGCAAUCCGCGCUCGUUGGCUCACUGUGAUAUUUAACCACAAGUGUUCAAACAGGCUUUGGGAAGUAGCUCUCAGCUAAUUACCGGUGGCAGAUUUUUCUUCUUCGGUGCAGGUUGAGCAGGGAACAGCAGUGCCGCAGCAGCCCUCUGAAGGCACCUGUGUAAGACGAGCACGCAGUGGUAAUUUUUUAAAUGAAAAACCGUGUUCAGGUAAUAACAUGCUUCGUGUUCAGCAUAAGCAGUUUGCCCAGAAAGUUUGUGCAGCUUUGGAGCCCUGAUCACCCCGGUGUGGCCCUGCUGGGAGCAGGAGGCUGGGCUACACACCAGGGCCCCAGACCUCCAGCCGAUGUUUGAAGCUCUGAAUUUCUGUGACUUCUUCCUAUUCCGCUACUCUGUCCGGGCUGCCUGUCAGGGAACUUGUUUUCCGAUUCUCUUCCCAGUCUUUGAGUCAAGUCAGUGUUUUGUUUUGGUUGACUGUAAAACUGUAAGGCACCACGGGAAGAUACUUUCUUUCACUUUGUCCUUUGUGUUUAAAGUGUUUUCUGGAUCUCCAAGGCAGACGACCUGAACUUUGCCUCUACUCUGACGAAUUUUUCAAUGACUAGAUUUGCUAUAACUGCCUCUGAAGCACAGGUAGGAAAUCCACCUCAAUUAUUCUCGGUCUGAGUGUAUUAUUUCUCUGUUAAAUUGCCAGAUUUCUCCCUGAGUCUCCGUGGAAGAACUGCCUCUGACCUUUUGCGUGGAUUUGGAUUGAUUUUAUUAAACUGUCCAUUGACUUUCUUCCUCAUCUCUGAAAUGGCAUUUGUUUUGUCAUAGCACCCGGUAUCCAAGGAUCACAGCGUUCUAACAACGUGAAAUGAAAUACUAACUCCGCAGAGUAAAUCAAGACCACUGUGUGUGUACAGCCAGGGCGACUGAGAGAAUUUCACCACAGCAGAUCAGUACCAAAGCUAAGAGUGCAGCUCAAGUCUCUUGAUGGUUUGUCGGUGUUAACCACCAAAUCCAGCUGCCUUACAGUAUUCCAGUGUAAGAGAUGCGUGCCUCCCCCUGAACUCAAAGCUUUUUCUCUCGCUGUGGUCAGAGGGUACUGAAGGUAGUUGUUCAUACUGGAACUCUGCCUAUAGCACUAAGUUGCUCCUCUUCUUCUCCCAGAAUAAUCUAUUUUGCUUGUCCCCGUUUUGUAGAGUGCCCUGUGAUAGUUUAGGAAAGGCAGCAUAUAUAUUGUUUGCUAGUUGAUGGUUGUAUAAUUUUAUUGUCAGAGCGCCCAGGAAAUAAGUCUUUUAACAACCAUUUUGGCCUGAGAGGCCUGCUGAGGUUAGUCACCUUCCUUCAGUGGCUGCUCAGCCCCUCUGCUUGUGCAGGGAGAGGAUCGCCCUCUAUAAACAAGAUGGAUUUACCAAGAGAAAGGCAAAUGAUGUCGCGCUCCCCCGGGACCCCUUAUUUAUACCACCUAGGUUACGUGAGACAAACACAUGCAGCUGCUCUGCGCCUUCCAACCCUCUCCCUUGGUCACAAUGGAGUUGGGAUUAGCGUAUGGGCUCAGGUAGACUUUUCUUACCAGCAGUUCUCUACUUGGGCAUUUACAGUGGGCCUCUGAAGAUGGUGAGAUUGCCUUAGGUACAGCCGAGGGCAGAAUUUGGCCCGCAGAAUCCCUGCCGACUGGUAAUGAUAUAUGAGUGAGGAAAAGAGGUGCCCGACUUGAACACCUCUGGCAUUUUCCUUCCUUGUGGCAAAUAAAAUCUGGUCUGAAAGCCACUCAGACACACGUAAUGUAGACUCACUUUCAGUCAGUGUUUUAUGAUGAUUUCUCCCCGUUCUCAUGAUGGAAGGAUCUAUAUAACUUGACCCCUAACUUCAGAGUUUUCCUGUAGAAAUAAAAAAAAAAAUCCCAUUGGAAGGGGAGGCCAUAGUGAUAGCUUCAGAGCUGAGCAGCAUAUCUUGCUUGCUUUGUCUGAGAACCUGAGUGCUCUCUGGCAUACGAGUGCCCUGUGUCCUGAAUCCUCUUCCAUCAUGUUUUGUUUUUGUUUUUAAUAUUCAAAUUACUUCCUUAUCCCAGUCUCCCCUCAGCCCGCCUUCUGUCAUGCCGCUGGUGAGGGAUGUGCCAAAGUGGAUAUUUCCAGGGGCAGUUCUUUUGUGGUGUUCUGUGACUUCUGUGUGUAGGAUGAGCACCCAGGGUAUGAAAAGGGUGCUUAUUUGUACAGUUUUAGAAAUCUGGAGUUAUAUUUAACAGGAAAUAAAGUCAUAGCGUGCGCGCGCUCUUUGGAGCGUGCUUCGGUUGCUUUCCAAAUAAGGCUGGCAGUUUCUGGAAGGAAAAAGAGGGAUAACAAUAUAAGAACAGGCUGGAAGAAAUCCUUUGCGAAAUCCCAGCUCAGCUGAGGGUGCAUGUGCCAGCAAAGACCAACCUUGUUGUAGUCUUUGCUCCAGUGGUUUAAGGAGCUGAAAGUUUCCUCCUCCCUUCCCCAAGAGUCCUGGAGUCAAUAUGGAAAGCUGCUUGGUUCCUCAACCUUGGCUUUCGCACCGAAUGGGUUUGGGGCUUGUUUUUUGGAACCCAUGUUCGUCAGUGUUAAGUUUAUCUCUGUUUAAGUUUCAUAUUUCUGCCGGUCCAAUUUUUGUGUCCUCCCUCUGACUGGUGAUAUGAGCUGCCAAUUUGAUAAGCUGUGGAAACUGUGGAUUGCCCAAGCCUUCACCCUUGCUGUCGCACGUUGGUGUUCUUUUCUAGGAGGUUCCCUUUCCACUUGUUCUCGCAGGUCAAGAAACCAGGGUCUGUUGUAGUGCUGCUGAAGCAUGCUAGGAGCAGGGGGGCAGGUUAGUGUUUGUCAAGGUAUCGGGUACCAUUUUCUGUCUUCCCUCCCCUCAGCUACCAAACCCAGCAUUUGGAGGUGAGUUGCCGCUUGUGGGCAAGUAGCCUGAGAGGCGCUGAGCAGCCCCUGUAGGCCUUGCCCUGCCUGUGCCGAGUCUCUUACUGGGCACGGUGGGAUGCAGAUGGUGCGGUGCUGGCGGAAGGUGCGUCAGGUCGAAAUAGGCCUUCCAGCAUCCUUUGAAUGUGCGUUCAUCCAUGCAUGGGACACUUCGUGAAUGCGGGAGGAAAGGUGGGGUCUCAUCCCUGACCCCUUACCCCGUGGAAUGUCUCUGUCCUCUGCGGAGGGCAGCCUGGGACAGCUGUCCUUCAGCAGCAGACAUCAGUGAAGGUGGCACGCGGUGAGCUGCCCUCGGCCUUCCAGUAACCUCCUGCCACUUGCAACUGCAAAUAAAGGAAGAGGCACGGAGACGCGUAAGGGUAUUCCCUCUUAAACAGUCUGGGAGAGGGAGCUGCGAUAAAAACUCAGAACUCCGUAACGUCCCGGCAAUGCUGCUGGUUGCAGGACGUCCUGCGUACACAGAGGACCUACAGUACCCAUAGGUACGAGGCAGCACGUCCCCACAGAGGGCCACUGCUGAGCCAGGUGACGAGGAGGAGUUCGGGGAGCAGGACGAGGGGGUUUCAGCAAGAUGCUGCCUUCUGGGCUCCGCGGCGCCCAGCCGCGCAGGAGUUAAUUGGGCGCAGCCGAGUUAGAGCUGGGGCUGGGAACCCAAGGGAGCGAAAGCCCCAGAACAGCGGCGAGCGCUUCGGGGGCCGCGGGGAGCUGCGUCCCGCUGGCUGCCGGCCCUUCGCUCUCGCUGGCGGAACGCGGGCCGGCCCCGGCAGCGUGACGUGGCAGCGGCGGCUCUCGGCGCCCUGGUGCCGAGCUGGAACUUUUCUCCGCCAGCCCCCCCCCGGGGGUGCUCUCGGGCCGCGCGUUGGGGCCGAGCCCGAAUCGGCGCGAGGGGAACGGGGGGCGCGCAGCCCUCAGCGGAGCGCGGCGGCGGCCUGCCCCCGGCUGCGUGCUCCCAGCGCCCGGCCGGGCCGCGGCUCGGCUCGGCUCGGCUCCGCUCUGCUCGGCGGUGGCCGGGCGGGAAGGGGGCAAGUCCCGCUGACGUGCGGCCCGGGGAUUGGCAGCGGCCCGCCCUAUAUAGGCCCGGCGGAGGCCGCCGCGCCGCUCUCCCCCCCGAGCGCUCCCGGUCCUUCCAGCAGAGCGGGCGAGCGGGCACCGGCCGGACAAAAGCUGGCAGGCUGACAAACGGGCAGCUUACAGGACGGACUCUCUGGCUACUGACCAUUUAGCUGUGGCAUACCCGGAUUGUGUGUGGGUGGGAAGUCGACAAUGAGCUCCGUGGCAGUUUUGACCCAGGAGAGCUUCGCUGAACACCGCAGCGGCCUGGCUCAGCAGCAGGUGAAAGUUACAGCUUUAAACUCUGAAGAAGAGAAUGAUCCUCCAACCUACAAGGAAGCCUUCCCUCCGCUCCCUGAGAAAGCACCAUGUUUGGAAGCUGCCCAGGAACCUGCUGGGCCCUGGAGCAAAAUCCGACCGAUAAAGGCUUCUGUCAUCACUCAGGUGUUUCAUGUGCCACUGGAGGAGAGGAAAUACAAGGACAUGAAUCAGUUUGGAGAAGGCGAGCAGGCCAAGAUCUGCCUUGACAUCAUGCAGAAGACAGGAGCUCACCUGGAGCUGUCUCUCGCAAAGGACCAAGGCCUUUCCAUCAUGGUCUCUGGCAAGUUGGAAGCAGUCAUGAAGGCUCGGAAGGAGAUUGUCGCUCGGCUGCAGACUCAGGCUUCAGCAACAGUUGCUAUCCCCAAGGAGCACCACCGCUUUGUCAUUGGAAAGAACGGCGAGAAGCUGCAGGACCUGGAGCUCAAAACUGCAACUAAAAUCCAGAUCCCCCGCCCGGAUGACCCCAGCAACCAGAUCAAGAUCACCGGCACUAAAGAAGGGAUUGAGAAAGCCCGACAUGAGAUCCUGCUUAUCUCUGCUGAGCAGGAUAAGCGUGCCGUGGAGCGGCUGGAUGUGGAGAAAGUGUACCACCCCUUCAUCGCUGGCCCUUACAACAAGCUGGUGAGCGAACUCAUGCAGGACACAGGGACACGCAUCAACAUUCCUCCACCCAGUGUCAACAAGACAGAGAUAGUCUUCACCGGAGAAAAGGAGCAGUUAGCCCAGGCUGUCGCUCGUGUUAAGAAGAUCUAUGAGGAGAAGAAAAAGAAGACUACUACCAUUGCCGUGGAGGUGAAGAAGUCCCAGCACAAGUAUGUCAUCGGCCCCAAGGGGAAUUCCCUGCAGGAGAUCUUGGAGAAAACUGGAGUCUCUGUCGAGAUCCCACCCACUGACAGUAGCUCGGAGACGGUGAUACUGCGAGGCGAGCCCGAAAAGCUUGGGCAGGCAUUGACUGAAGUCUAUGCAAAGGCCAACAGUUUUACCGUCUCCUCGGUCUCUGCCCCCUCUUGGCUUCAUCGUUUCAUUAUUGGAAAGAAAGGACAAAACCUGGCCAAAAUAACUCAGCAGAUGCCAAAGGUUCACAUCGAAUUCACAGAAGGAGAGGAUAAAAUCACUUUGGAAGGACCUACAGAAGAUGUGAAUGUGGCUCAGGAACAGAUUGAAGUCAUGGUCAAGGAUCUGAUCAACCGGAUGGAUUAUGCAGAAAUCAACGUUGACCACAAAUUCCACCGACACCUCAUUGGCAAGAAUGGAGCUAACAUUAACAGGAUUAAGGACCUCUACAAGGUGUCUGUACGCAUUCCACCGGACAAUGAGAAGAGCAACCUGAUCAGAAUUGAAGGAGACCCACAGGGGGUCCAACAGGCCAAGAAAGAGCUGCUGGAACUCGCUUCCCGUAUGGAAAAUGAACGCACCAAGGACCUAAUCAUUGAGCAGAAAUUCCACCGGACCAUCAUUGGGCAGAAGGGCGAGCGGAUCCGGGAAAUCCGGGAGAAAUUCCCAGAGGUUAUUAUCAACUUCCCAGACCCAGCGCACAAGAGCGACAUCGUCCAACUUAGAGGUCCCAAGAACGAGGUGGAGAAGUGCACCAAGUACAUGCAAAAGAUGGUGGCAGACCUGGUUGAAAACAGCUUUUCAAUUUCUGUCCCCAUCUUCAAGCAAUUCCACAAGAACAUCAUAGGGAAAGGAGGUGCCAACAUCAAGAAGAUCCGUGAAGAAAGCAACACCAAAAUCGAUCUCCCAGCAGAGAACAGCAACUCGGAGACAAUUGUUAUCACAGGAAAGAGAGCGAACUGUGAAGCUGCUCGCCACAGAAUUCUUGCCAUCCAAAAGGAGCUGGCCAACAUCACCGAGGUGGAGGUCUCUAUUCCUUCCAAACUGCACAAUUCCCUCAUUGGCGCCAAAGGCCGCUUCAUCCGCUCCAUCAUGGAGGAGUGUGGUGGAGUCCACAUCCACUUUCCCACCGAGGGCUCUGGCAGUGACACCGUGACCAUCAGGGGCCCAGCACAGGAUGUAGAGAAAGCCAAGAAACAGCUGUUGCACCUGGCAGAAGAGAAGCAAACAAAGAGUUACACUGUGGACCUCCGUGCAAAGCCAGAGUACCACAAAUUCCUUAUUGGUAAAGGCGGUGGCAACAUCCGUAAGGUGCGUGACAACACUGGGGCCCGCAUCAUCUUCCCAACCUCUGAGGACAAAGAUCAGGAGCUGAUUACUAUCAUGGGAACUGAGGAAGCUGUCAAAGAGGCGCAGAAGGAGUUGGAGGCCCUCAUCAAGAACCUGGAUAACGUGGUUGAAGACUCCAUGGUGGUUGACCCCAAGCACCACCGCCACUUCGUCAUCCGGAGGGGGCAAGUUCUGCGUGAGAUCGCUGAUGAGUACGGUGGUGUGAUGGUCAGCUUCCCACGCUCUGGCACCCAGAGCGACAAAGUCACCCUCAAGGGAGCCAAGGACUGUGUUGAGGCAGCCAAGAAACGCAUUCAGGAGAUCAUCGAGGACCUGGAAGCUCAAGUGACAAUCGAAUGCACCAUCCCACAAAAGUUCCACCGCUCCAUUAUGGGCCCCAAAGGAUCUCGGAUCCAGCAGAUCACCCGGGACUAUGGUGUCCAGAUCAAAUUCCCUGACAGGGAGGAGAACCCAGCCCCUGUCGCAGAGCCAGCUGUGCAGGAGAAUGGCGAGGAGGGUGGGGAAGGCAAGGAUGGGAAGGAUGGAGACCCCAGCUCUCCAAAGAAGUGUGAUAUCAUCAUCAUCUCUGGCCGCAGGGAGAAGUGUGAGGCAGCAAAGGAGGCGCUGCAGGCUCUGGUUCCUGUCACCAUUGAAGUGGAAGUUCCCUUUGAUCUUCACCGUUAUAUCAUUGGCCAGAAAGGAAGUGGGAUCCGUAAAAUGAUGGACGAGUUUGAAGUAAACAUCCAGGUCCCUGCUCCUGAGCUGCAGUCAGAUGUCAUCACCAUCACUGGGCUGGCCACCAACCUGGACCGUGCCAAGACUGGGCUGCUGGAAAGAGUGAAGGAGCUGCAGGCUGAACAAGAGGAUCGGGCCUUGCGAAGCUUCAAGCUGACAGUUACUGUGGAUCCCAAGUAUCACCCUAAAAUCAUUGGGCGUAAGGGAGCAGUGAUCACCCAGAUCCGCACAGAGCAUGAGGUCAACAUCCAGUUCCCUGACAAGGAUGAUGAAAGCCAGGCCCAAGACCAGAUCACCAUCACUGGCUAUGAGAAGAAUGCUGAGGCUGCCCGGGAUGCCAUCAUGAAGAUUGUUGGCGAGCUCGAGCAGAUGGUCUCUGAGGAUGUGACUCUGGACCACCGUGUUCAUGCACGCAUCAUUGGUGCACGUGGCAAAGCCAUCCGCAAAAUCAUGGAUGAAUUCAAGGUGGAUAUUCGCUUUCCCCAGAGUGGAGCUCCUGACCCCAACUGUGUGACCGUGACAGGACUCCCUGAGAACGUGGAAGAAGCUAUUGAUCACAUCUUGAACUUGGAGGAAGAAUAUCUUGCAGAUGUGGUGGACAACGAGGCAAUGCAGGUGUACAUGAAGCCCUCUUCCCAUGAAGAGUCCAAGGCCCCAUCCAAGGGCUUUGUGGUGAGAGAUGCCCCCUGGGCCACUGUCAACAAUGAAAAGGCCCCUGAUAUGAGCAGUUCUGAAGAUUUCCCCAGCUUUGGGGCUCAAGUCGCCCCCAAGACUCUUCCCUGGGGACCCAAACGAUAAUGACCUGGAAGCAGAAACAUCUCCUCCAGCCCGCUGACCUGACACUAACCUGCCACAAAUACUUCCUGUCUGAAAUCUGACCCAGCGGCUGGAGCACAAGUCAAUUGCCCCAAGAGGUCUCCUAAUGGUGUCUGGAGUGCUAGACCCCAUCCCGCUCCCCUCAGCUAUCACCAUGGCUAGGAUUCACUCUCAUCUCUUGAUGGAUAUACUUUUCUUCUUUGGAACAAGACUUCCAGUCAGAUUCAAACACUAAAUGUGUGUGUUUUUGUUAGAAACUUCAUAAUUGACUCAAAGUGGCUAAGAUUUACAGCUUCCCAAGCGCUAGCAGAAAAAUCUGCUCUCUUGAGCAUGUCUUACUAGGCAUUCUCGCCUUCAUUAGGAGACCUCCUUUACUGUGGCUAGGAAUCUACUUCCUGUCUCAUGACCUCAGGAAAUAAAUUUCCUUGACUUUCUAAAGCCAAAA